AUGACUAGCCACAUGCAUGACUCCCUGAGAUCGCAAAGGGUGAAGUAUGACGAGGAUGCAUCAACGUCCUUCCAUUUGAGUUUGCCAAAGAGUUUGUUCGGAGAUAAAUCUGGGUCGUUGGUGUCUUCUUCCCUGUUUCGAUGGUUUCCUCCUCCUUCAAGUAUUGUAAAAUGUAAUGUGAAUGCUUCCUUUUCUGUUUCGGCCUAUUUAGUGGGUGGUGGUGCGGUCUUUCGUGACUCUUCGGGGCAAAUUCUGCCGUCGAUGGUGUUCAAUCCUUUCUCUGCUUCCAGUGCGACAUUGGUUGAGGCUAUAUGUCUCCGUAGAGCAGUUUUAUGGGCUUUGUCUUUUUCUUUUGCUCAUGUUUGGUUUGAAUGUGAUUCUCUUGUUAUAGUCAAUGCUAUGUCUGGUGUUAAUCCAGGGCCUAUGGAAAUUCAUGCGAUUUCUUUUGAUGUUCAAGUGGCGCUUCGGAACUUUUCUUCAUCUUCUCUUAGCCAUGUUCAUAGGCAUGGCAAUGAGGUUGCCCAUACUCUUGCGGCGCUGUCUCAAAGUCAUAUACCAAAGGAUGUGGCUCUUGUUCAGAUUCCGUUUAAUAUUUGUAGUUUAGCAGCUAAGGAUUGUCUGUCUUGA